CUGCCGAACAAGCGCGUGUGCGUCGGAUUGACCUACAUCUACGGAAUCGGAGCGCCUUCGGCCGCCGCGAUCUGCGACAAGACCGGGAUCGAUCCCGAGCGGAAGCUGAGCGACCUGGUGCCGGAGGAGGUCAACGACCUGCGGCAAGUGAUCGAGAGCGACUAUGUGGUCGAAGGGCCGCUACGCACGGAAGCGUCGCUCAACAUCAAGCGGCUGAUGGAUAUCGGCUGCUAUCGAGGCAUCCGCCACCGGCGCGGCCUGCCGGUGCGCGGACAGCGCACGCGCACCAACGCACGCGCCCGGAAGGGCAGCAAGAAGACGGUCGCGGGCAGGAAGAAAGCGCCCACGGCCAAGUAA